UUCACUGUUUCACAGACAUUGCAAAACCCUACUACAAGACCUCAAAACCUCAAAAAUAUACCAAAACCAAGACAAAUAAAAGCAGAAAAUUUUGAUUUUGUUUCCAAUAAAACAUGUCUUUGAAUGUUGUGCGAUCUCGAAUCGUUUCGAAGCUCAGUCGUGGCGGCAAAAAUUGUAAUGGCUUCAGAAGACUUCUCAGCUCCGACGUCCCCAAAAAGGAGCCGGAGGUGACAGCGGCAGGGGAUGCGGGGCGUAACUCGCCUUGGCGGUUUCUCAAGUACGGAACUGUGGUGGCUUUGACUGGUGUCACAGCCGGUGCUGGUUUUGUUACUUAUGCAUACAGUACACAGGAAAUAGAGGAGAAGACAAAACCAUUGCGAGAAUCAUUGAAUUACUCUGUUGGGGAUGAUGCGUCUGCUGUUGAGAAAUAUCGGGCUAUGCUGUACAAUGCUGCUAUGACAGUUCCUGCUAAAGCAAUUGAACUUUACCUGGAUUUGAGGACCCUAUUGGAAGAACAAGUUAAAGGUUUUACUGAACCAACCUCUGAUAAGCUUCUUCCAGAUUUGCAUCCUGCAGAGCAGCAUGUUUUCACACUUGUUCUAGAUCUAAACGAGACUUUAAUUUUCUCUGAUUGGAAUCGUGACAGAGGGUGGCGAACAUUCAAACGACCAGGAGUUGAUGCUUUCCUGGAACAUAUGGCAAAGUUCUAUGAACUUGUCAUAUACUCUGACCAGCUGAAUAUGUAUGUUGAUCCUGUUUGUGAAAAGUUGGAUAACAAAUACAUACGGUAUAGGCUAUCAAGAGGUGCUACUAAGUAUCAAGAUGGCAAGCAUUAUAGGGAUCUUUCUAAACUUAAUAGAGAUCCAGCCAAGAUCUUAUACGUGAGUGGUCAUGCAUUUGAGUCUUGCCUUCAGCCAGAAAACUGUGUUCCAAUUAAGCCAUAUAAGCUGGAGACAGAUGAUACAGAACUUUUGGAUCUUAUUCCGUUCCUUGAAUAUGUUGCUCGUAAUAGUCCAGCUGACAUCAGAAAUGUAUUAGGAUCUUAUGAAAGAAAGGAUAUUGCGAAAGAGUUUCUUGAACGCUCCAAAGAUUAUCAAAGGCGGAUGCAAGAACAAAGGCAGCAAGGUCGCUUCUGGCGACGUUGAAGAUAGAGUUAUGUAAAUUGUAAUUGGAGAUACUUAAAGAGAUGUGCAUGUAGUUUCGAGUACCAAACUGAAGAAUAUGAGAGUCAUCAUUUAGGAAUCCGUCCAUCUUUUUCCUGGCAAGUCAAUUCAAUUUUCUGCAAACUGACUAUAAAAUGAUGAAUUCAUUUUCUCACAUUCUCAUUUAAAAGCCUGAUGAGAAUUGGGCUGUAGACAUAAUUUUUUUUUCCCUGUGAUCAUAUUGUUUGUCAAGAAAACCCAGAAUUUUGGUUAUCUGUGGAUAUUGUUUUCCAAUAUUGAUAUAAUAAUUUAGUUGACAGACAUUUACCAGCA